ACUAGAGGUCGGGGGCUUUAAGCUGGCACGCGCGUGCGCGCACAUGUACCAGACGCGAGCGCGAGAGUCUCGUCUGCACUAUACGGGAAACGCACUCCUCGUUCUUCUCUUGGAAAUUUCAAACAAAUGCCGGGUUUGUACGUAAGCCAGUUCGCGUCACUGUUUCUGGAAAGCACGUACGUUUCCCAGCAGGCACACCGCAAUAUUGUACACAAUCAUCAUGGCGUCUGAAGAUGGUGGGUACAGAGCGAGUGAGACUUUUCUCGUGGUGCAUAACAGAGCGAGGGACUUGCCGGGAAGCGAAGGUUUAAUGGAUGCCUCAGGCCUUGAGCAGAAGAAGCUUCUAAUAUGUGGAAAUGAGGGCGAUGGUGAAGUAAAUGAAGAAGUCACACAGACUGAUGUAGAAGGCCAAACCUUAAAAGAAUCUGUCAGCAAUGGGGGUGAAAGUGAUGAUGGAAAAGAAAUGGUUGAACUGAAAAUUAUAUGGAAUAAAAAUAAAUAUGAUCUUAAAAUGCCUAUUGAUGGCACAGGCGCCAAUUUAAAGGAGAGAAUUCACUCACUUACAGGGCUUCCACCUGCUAUGCAAAAAGUUAUGUAUAAGGGACUCCUCCCAGAAGACAAAACAUUGCGUGAUAUAAAAGUGACAAAUGGUGCAAAAAUCAUGGUAGUAGGAUCAACAAUCAAUGAUGUUUUAGCAGUAAAUACUCCUAAGGAGGUAAUUCAACAAGAAGUAAAAGCUGAGGAAACUAAGAAAGAACCCAUUUGUCGGCAAAAGCAACACAGAAAAGUGUUAGAUAAAGGAAAACCAGAUGAUAUAAUGCCAUCAAUUAAAGGAGGAAAAGAGCGUUUGCCAACAGUGCCUUUAUCUGGAAUGUACAAUAAAUCUGGUGGAAAAGUGAGGCUCACGUUUAAGUUGGAACAAGAUCAACUGUGGAUUGGAACCAAGGAAAGAACAGAAAAGGUUCCCAUGGGCUCCAUUAAAAAUGUAGUAAAUGAACCCAUUGAAGGACAUGAAGACUAUCAUAUGAUGGCAUUUCAACUUGGUCCAACAGAAGCCUCCUACUAUUGGGUUUAUUGGGUGCCUACACAAUAUGUUGAUGCAAUCAAAGACACAGUCCUUGGAAAAUGGCAGUAUUUUUGAGUGUGUCUCAUCCUCUGGCAGUGAAGAACUGGGUAUAGAAAAUAACCAAAGGACAUUACAAGGAGAGAAAAACACUGACUAUCUCACCUUCCUGGGAAUGAUAAUAGUGAAGUAAGAUGAUAGUUAAUGUAAAACAUUAAAAAGAAAGAAAUGCAGUUGCGAGCCAGAGGCAUUGCACUCUUGUUAUUUUAGGCUUACUUUUAAAAAUCAGGUUGUACCCCUUUCGUUGGGCCCACUUCAUUUCUUUUUUAGAACAAACCUGAAUAAUGCCAAUGAAAUAUUUUGUGAAUUAUACCUUAAGUGAAUUAAAACAUUAUUUGGGGAAAAAAAAACUUUUAAAGCUUCUGAAAUGUGGAACUACAACUUCAGGAAAAUAUGCAGCUUACCAACAUUAGCAUUUAGCAUCUGAUAAAAACUAAAAAAAAAAACAAAACAGGUUUUGCUCACAAUACAAAGACAUCUAAUUUUGAUAUUUUUUAAAUAGUACGUAUGUACUGUUAAUAAACUAAAACAUGUUUGUAAUCAUUAAGAAGUCCACAGUCUUCUAUGUAAGUUUGGUAAUGAUAGCAUAUUUUGGAGUUAGACUGCAAUUUUGACAAAAACUUAGACUCCUCAUUGUAACUCUCUGAAACCUAUGUAAGGACUUGGGGUAACUUGGGUAGUGUGAUUGCUGAUGCAUUUCAUCAAGAUACAUAAGGGAUCACAUUAUGAAUGGUUAUUUGCGUGAGCAUCUUCACAAGAAAAAUGUUAAUUUGAUAGGGCCUUCAAAAUCCUGAAGAUGAUGCUCAGGUAUAAUAUGCUACAUGUAACAGUAAGCCGUGAAAAUGUAAGUCAUUCUGUUGAUAAGUAACUGUCAAGUCACAGUGACUGUUGGAGCUGGGUGUCUCAUAAAGAUGGCUGGGGCUUACCUUGUAAUUUAAAGAGAACUGAAUUGUUCGGAAAUCUCUAGCAAAGGCGCAAGUUUUGUUUUAACAUUUUAAUAGAACUACAUUGUUUGAUGUGAAUGUUAAUAAUAUGCCCCCAGCAGCUACUAAUAACUUUAAAAAGACAGUUAAAUGACUGAAUUCCUUUUACUGCAAACAUUUUUGGGGAAAAAGGUGUUUUACCUAAGUUUACUGUAUCAAACAUAGUAUAUCAUAAUCACCAUACAUAUUUAGGUACUGCAUGUCACUAAAAUGAAGUAUCAGAUUUUGUGUGUUAUUAAAAGUUCCUGAUAAAUAUCCACAUUUUUUCUUGUUCUAGGCAGGUUAUAACAGGUUUUCAAUUAUGAUAUACAAUAGCAGUAACGUUUCACAUUUUGCAACAAAAUCUCUUACUUGUUUUUGCCUUAUUUUUAACUCUGUGUAGACAGUUUUUUUUUUUCACACAGUGUGUAAAAAUUUGAGAGAAAAAGUAUGAUUAAUAUUGCCAUCUCUCUGUUUUAAACAAAAUACUUUUACAUAAAGUAUCAGCUAAUGAGUAAUGUUUUUUAUCAAAAUGUUGAAAAUAUCCCUUGUUCCACUACUUUGUUAACAUUUCAAAAGCCUUGCUGUCCAUUGGUCUUCUGUAUGUUUGACCACUCUGUAAAAACUCUUAGUGUUGAUCAGAUACAGUUUAAAAAGACUUAAAUAUUACUACAAAUGUAUGUCUGAAUUUGAAAGGGUGGAAUAUUAAUUGCUGUGCAAUACACUAGUGUUUCUGAGCACUGGAUCUGCAAAAUGUCAGGUUCCUUUAAUGCUUAUGCAGAAGUAUUAGGGAAAUGAAGGUAAAUUAUGUUAUGGUAUAUUCCUUAUUUAAAAAUCCAUGCUAUAAAAAGGCUAAGACUAUAUAGUAGAUAUCUGUAAACUUAAUACCAAUGGUGUUUAUCAGGUUACAUAUUACUUCAUUAAUAGAAAAUUUGAAAAUUAGGAGUUGGCAUUUAUUAAAUCAACAUAUCUAGCAACUUUAGAGAAAUCAUAAUGUGUUCAUAAUCCUGAGCCAUUUCUCUGUUGUUAAAUUAUUGUUUUGUUUACAUGCCUUGUAAUGUAAUUACAUGCUAAUGGUGUGUCAUUUAAAGAUCAUCAGCCCCUUGACAGACUGAGGGUUAUAAGCUAUUAUAAAUUUUUCAGGAAGUAACAAGCGAUUGUUAUGAUCAUGCAAUGUCAUAGUUUCAUUAUUUAUAAAAAGGUGCAGAUUUAUUCUUUUUUUCAAUGAUCAGUUCUUCCACUGUAAGCCUCUUUGAUUAUUUCCUUUUGUCUCACUAGGCCAAAGAGUGACUUCUCAUUUGCCAUGUAUCUUAAAAGAGCUGCCAUACUAAUGGUGCAUUACUAUUUUCUUCUUUCUUCCAUGGGUGAGCUGAUAUGUCUAGAAAGCAAAAUAAUUUUUAGUUCUGAUUUCAUGAUUGUUGCACUUAUUUUGUAAUUUUCCUUAAGAAAAAUAUCUGCGUGAGUUCCAAAAACAGAGGUAUACAUUUUAUAUAUUGCUUUCUUAUAUCAUUGAAAUGAAUCCAUCUCAGAUUCUCAACAUACACUUCCAAAAUAUGCUGGAGAGCAUGUACACUGUUAAGGGUUCCUCAAGUAAUGGGCUUGUCUAAAUGAAGAAACCUCCACAAACAUGCAGUGUUGGAUAUUUUAGAAAUAACCACAUUGUUAACAUAAUCAUUUUUGUUCAAUAAAAGUAGCCCUGGAAAAUGGUCA